AUGAAAGGGCAAUUCUGUACCGCCGCAGUGUGCCAACUUUGCUGUAAAGCUACGCAAAACGGGUGUGUAAACGCGUACACUUCACACGCCAACGGGACGUUGAUGAGCAAUAAUUUGUAUUGCGAGCAAUGUAACUGUGAUAAUCCACAAAUCGGUAGGGACCUGUACCCCGGGAUGUGUAAAAAUGUUGCAGGAUGCGGGUGGGUAGGCAGAAGGUUCAAAAGGAUCGAAUGUACAUCCUGCGGGGUAAUAGAAGCUAUGCUACAAAACCACAUGGGACCAAUACCGUGGUUACGCGGGCUAUGGCCCCUACGACAGGAGAAAAAAAAUAUACCCAGCUCUGAUGACACUAUUGUUCUACACUAUAGUCGCUACUGGCUUCCACCACCCAUAGAACAUAAUGAGGAAAUGGAUGAUGAUGAUAUGAGCAAUAACAUCGAGGUCAUAUUGGAGCCUUAUGUACUGAUGUUCUGUCUAUUGCGCAGGAUAACUAAUUGCAAGUUCCGCAUGGUACCAGUUGCAGAUGAACUCUUUGCAGGCGGACCUAUGCCAGCAUGUUAUGUCGAGGACCCGGAAUGCUACAAGGGCGAACCUUUACGUCAGGAGCGCCUGAUGCAAUACCUACUUUUGAAAGCGGAUCCAAUAUCAGAUGAAGCAAGACGAUUGCUAAGAAGUGAAUUUAGACUAUACGAUAGGGAACGGGGCUCCGAAUCUCCAGCAGUUGCACAUGAAGAUACCACAUACUAUCAUAGCAGUGGGUCACUGUUGCCAGUAUAUGUCGAUAAGCACUUGAGGUACGCCGUGCUUUUCCUCAUAUGGGUAUACCCCAAGAUAUCGCAAAACGUCACAAAGAGCAUAGUGUUAAAUUCAACACCGUGGUUAUAUGGACACUACGUGUACUACACAAGGGCCAGGGAAAUAGCGCGAGAAUGUGCUCAAUGUGGAUAUUCUAACGUCGAAUUUACAUUGAAAGAGUUGACGUUAAUGCUAAAGGAGCUACAGAGGGUCCUAAGAACUGCCACAAAAUCAAUAAUACACAGGCCUGGAUAUUGGACGGAAGGUUCGGUAUUUGCCAAUCUAGCAUUACUCUUCAGUAUACCAUGUCAUGGUAUGUUCUACCACCCACUUUUUAUAGUCGUUAUAGGUAUUGAGGAGCUGCUUUCAUUCCAUCGAGAAUUUUAUGAUCUAAAAGCUUAUUGUGUUACAAUCAACAGGACAUAUAAUGUAUGUGGACUACAGCCACCCUUCCUAUGUGGGAACACAUUCCCAAUCAGCCACUUUAUCAAGGAGAGGUAUGGCCCAUUAACAUUAUUGGCCGGUGCUUGGGAAAAAAUCACAAGCCUGCCGCCACUGAACCUACUUUACUAA